AUGGUUCUAAAUUCCUUAAUUUCCAAGUUCAUUCUAAUAUGUUUUGCAUUGCUUGUGACCUUCUCUGUUUAAGACUUCACUGAUGAUUAGAAAUAGAUCCUAAAUGAAAUCAAGGAAGAUGAGGGAUUCGACUAGGCUCCCUAUAUGGGUGGCUUCAAUUCCAAUAAAGCCAAGCUGCUCGUAAGAACAUUCAAGGAGAUGGUUAAGGAUUUGCAAGAAUUACUGUUAACAGCUGGAGUGCAUACUAACAUUUUCAAAUCUAAGGAUUAUGAGAUCACUAUUGCUGUUAAUGAUGAGCAGACUGCCAUCUAAGUUAGAGAUUUUUAUCUAGAUCAGCCUGAAGUUGAAAGUGUCAGAUUCAAUAAUAAGACCAGGUAUAGAGAUCCUGAGAAACUAAAGCAAAUAAGAGCAAUUAGGAGUCAAAGGAAAAAUAAAUAGAAUGCGAUAAACUAAUAAGUAGGUUCGCAGGAGAACACUGUCCAUUUUGGAGUGUUUGAAAUCCCUAAAACAUGUGAGAGUCGCGUUAUCUUAUUUUAUUAGUCACGCUCUGUAAUGAAGACAUAUUAACAGAGAACAGAAGUUUAAAAGAUAGCGUCUGAUAUCUGUACCUUUUUCUAGAAGAUUGGUUAGGCAAUCAUAAUAAAAAAGAAAACUGAAUCAGAGGACCUAAAAGGUUUGAUAAAAGAUUCUGGAGUUAAAAUAUCAAGAAAUAGCUCUAUGGUGUAGUGGUUAGCACAGAGGACUUUAAAUCCUUUAGCCUGA